AUGGCUUCUUCAAGCAGCAGCAAUGCGGACAAGCCCACCCCAUUCAAUCCAAUCAACUGGACUCCACCGAAUGUCUCGUCGCAGCAAUGGUCCGAGACGACACCAGAGCCGCCAGCGUCGACCCGCGCCAGCUCCAUCCUAUCUCCAGAAAGCGUCUACGAACUGUCCAAUGCUGUAGGAGAACAGCCUCCGGACCCGGUGUGCAUGGAUGAACAGGAUCGGACUGUCAACGGCGUGCUGGGGGUAGGUCUGUACGUCCGCAGUGGUUCGAUACUUCGCAUUGGUGGCCCAGCGGCGGUCCUGAUUUCCAUUACCUUGAUGGGCCUGCUGGCGUGGCUAGUGAUGCAGUGCAUUGGGGAAAUGCUGUCCCUGUGGCCAAUCUCGAAUGCGCUGGUCGAGUUCGUUAGCAGCUGGGUGGACGAGGAUCUGGGAACUGCUGUUGGUAUCGCAUACUGGUGGAUCGAAAUAUGGACUAAGAAAGGAGAUGACGACCAUGGAAAAGCAAUCCAGGGGACAAUUAUAUUCUUCGUGGUUCCGUUGUUCCUCGUUCUGUUCAAUAGCUUCGGCGUCCAGAUCUAUGGAUUGACUGAGGUUAUCGGAGGGUCUUUGAAGCUUCUCGGUGCAGUGAUCAUCAUUAUUUGCAUGAUUGCAAUCAAUGUCAAAGACUAUGAAGGCGAUAUGUUUCCCUACCAUAAAGAAGUGGCCGGCAACUGGGCGGAAGCGUUCUUUGUCUGUCUGUCGAUUGCAGCGUUUGCCUACAUUGGCGUCGAAAUCACGGCCGCUACCGCCCUAGAAGCCCGUCUGGAUAAGAAGCCUCGCUCGGGGGAAGAAGCUGCCUCUCAUGCGACCAAAGGCCCUUGGCCCGCAGUGUCUGUCCAAUUUUCGGCCACAUGGACCAGCUUCAUCGCCUGGGUCAUAUACUUUCUGGGCUCCCUCAUGAUGACGCUCAACGUCAAAUGGGACGAUAUCAAUCUUCCGCGAGCUGGAUGGCUUGGUUCGCCGGGACAUGUUCACCGUGGUACUGUUGAUUACAGCUCUCACGGCGGCAAACACGAAUCUCUAUGUUGCCUCACGGACCCUGUUUGGUCUGACGAGGAAGUUACACGGUCAUCGUUGGAGCUGGCUGGCAUUCUUUGGACGGACGAACAACUAUCAAGUGCCCGUCCGAGCGAUGUUUAUCUCAUGCUUCUUCCUUUGGAUACCUUUCCUCUAUCUAUCGCCGGACAACUCGCCCGACACAACAAUUCCAAGCGUAAAGAACCCCAUGCUGAGAUUCGUGCUGUGCUCCUAGAAGUUUUAUCACAGCUAGGCUCCGUCAGCUGUCUGAUUGUAUGGACGUGCGAAUGCUGGGCGUUCCUUCGCUUCUAUCACUGUUUGAAACGCCACCAAUAUGAACUGAGUAGCUCUCCGGAAUUUGCGCAUGUCUGUCGAUUCCACCGGACUAGCGCCGAAGAUCGUUAUCCAUGGAGGUCGCAUGGGCAGCCAUUGACGAUGUGGCUUGCCAUCGGCGGGUGUCUGUUUGUCCUCAUAGUGGCAGAUGGAGCGUCGCUUUGGAUUGCGUUCCAGGCCCGGGCGUUCCUGUCUGCGUACCUCGCGCCUAUCUGCUUCAUACCGCUGUGGCUCCUAAUCAAAACAUACCGUUCCCAUGGAUGGAAGAAUAUUAAAUGGGAGCUGGAGGAUCUUUCAAACCUGGCGGAAGUGAAGAAUAAGAUCCAGAGACUGGAUGAGAUCCGUCAGCGGGCAACAGCCCGAGACGACAUUGUACAGAAACCCGGAUGGGGUAAUCUAUGGGGUCUCAUGUGA